AUGGUGAAAGGGACGCGCGCUAAGGAAUUACAUCCGCAUUUGCGUCGCCGACUAUCGGAAACAGGAAGACAAUUGCUGCGUGAUGCACUGGCUGAAGACAGUGAUGCUAGAGAUGAUGAUUCUAUAGAUUACAGCAUUAUUUCGAAUUGUGGCGACUCGUCGAUUGAGUCGGAGCUUGAAGGUACAUUACAAUGGGAGCGGCAGCAACAGCUUGAGCUCAAUUCUAGCGACAAAAAUGAACGGAAGGAACGAAGUAAGAAGUGGAAGAAUACGAACGAGAUAGAGAAUGCGGACGAUGAUCUGGAAGGUGCUAUUGAGAAGCUGAAAGAGAAGAGAGACACAACAAAGAUCACAGCGCUCGAGAAAAUUCUUGCUAUGUUACGUGUUGAAGUUUUAAGCGACCGCAUUCAGAAGAUAAAGGUGACUUUAGCCCCGCAAAUACUCGGUUGUCUGAAAAGGCGAGCGAAAGAGUCGAGCAUCUUGGCACUUCGAGUGCUUAGUAUGGUUGCGAUUACGCUCGGUGCAAAUGAACAGAAGCUUUAUGAUGAUUUGUUGCAGCCUGUGCAAACAAUUUUCACCGAUAGAGAUGAUGAUGCAAUGCGUAUAGAAGCAGUGUAUGCUUUAAGUAUUGCCUGCUUUGUGAGUUGUUCGGACGAUGAGUCCAAGUGGGAGUUACUAGAGGUACUGGGCAAGUUUUUGGUGGCAGCGAAUGAUGCUGAAGAAGAUGGUUAUGAUGGAAAUGAGUUUUCAGAGACGCUUAUUGUUGCGGUAAUUAAGUGUUGGGCCUUUCUUGUCAGUAGCUUUCAGCCUUCAGUCAUUGUUGGUAAAGUUUAUAAUGCGCAGUCCAUUGUUUAUGGUCACGUAGCUGCAUUAGCUGACUUUGUUCGAAAUGGAAGAAAUAUCUCUGUCCGAUUGCCUGCGAGUGAGGCCUUGGCACUUAUCGUGCAGUUUAAAUACACUACUGCAGUCAGCUGGACCUACUCGAACGAACCAGCAAAUAGUGUCAUCAGCGGUCUUGAUACACGCAUUGAGAUGUUAAUGCAAGAGUCGGCAAAAAAGAUUGGCAAAAAGAAUCGAAAGUCUCAGCGUUCCGUUUUGAAAGACGUUUUGGAAACGCUGUAUACGGGAAACGGACCUUUUACGGAGCUGCAAGAUAGAAAUGAAACUCUCACGAUAUCAACAUGGAGUCGCUUUUUCCAAGCGCACGUAUUCUGUCGUGUGCUUGAGUCAGGCUUUCAGACUCAUCUUGUGAAAAAUGAAGUUUUGCGCGACAUUUUUGAGAUAAAAGCGCACGGAAAUGCUAAACUUGGGUUGGUGUCUACUGUGGAACGUCGUGCGGGCCUCAAGGCGAAGUCAGUGCACAAACGCAAUGACAUAUCCCGCAAAGACCAAGCACAGAAUGCAUUUUUGUUUGACCAGUAG